CUUAAUUUUUAUUUCUUUAAACAAAUAACAUAAGCAUCCAGUUGAUAAAUAGAAACUCUCCUAAUGAAUCUUUAAUUAAUUGCUAAUUAGCAAUACAGACAAUUUGUAUAUAUGUAUAUAUAUUUGAUCCCGUUCCUUACUGUCUGGUCAAUAUUUUACCUUUCUCGGCCAAGGUAUGUCCAACGUCUAAAAACGGUCAUUACCAAAACAAAUACAAAUGAUUUAAAAUAUUUUUAAAAUCUCCAUUCUGUGUUAAGUUUCACCCCAAAAAAUGGUAUGUAAACACAAUAUAACUAAAACAAUGAAUGAACAAUAUAUGCUUGUGAAACAUAGGGAAGUAAAUUAUAUAGAAUAUGGAAAUUUCAAGUACAAUGUAAGGAGGUUAUUUUUAUACAAACGGAAAUUCAUCGAAAACCUGCUACAUAUAUAUCUUCCCGAAGUACAGGAAAAUGAAUAAACGAUAUUCAGCGAUACCCAUCGUCAUGGUUUUCAGUGAACAUGAAAUGGUUUCUCAGCACAAACGCUAUGAUGCAAUCAUCAUCUACAGCCGUCAAGACAAGGAAAAGGCUAUCACACUUCUAACGAGGUUGAAAGACGUCAUAGGCAACGAAGCAGGACUCCAUGUUGCUCUCUUUGAUGACCCUCAUUUCUCCUGUCUGGAGGAGGCAUUACAUGCUAGUUCUAUUGCAUUUUUGCUCCUGACCAAAGACUUCUGCGAGAACGAUUGGCCUUCGUUAUGCAACAACAUAAUGUUUGCUCAGACGCUAUAUACACAAAGACCUUGCACUAUCACUCCAGUUGUCCUUCCUAACAAGUUUGAAGAUCAUGUCAAAAUUCCAAUGGGAUUAAAAUGCAUAAAACAAUUUCGACUGGAUUUUGAAGAUGAACUUGUGAAAAAGAGUGUGACAAGAAUUUUUAAUGUAAAAGUUAGGGAGUGAAUCUCAAGCAUGAAUUUAGCGUUAUGAUUAACGCAUUGAAAUAAUAUCAAAAUGGCGGCUCGUUGGGCAUUGUUAAUUUCAAGAAAAUGAAUUAAAGGUUAGUUCAAAAGCAUUAAAAUUACCAGUAAUAUCAAAAUGGCAAUACGUUGGGUAUUAUAUAUAUACUGUUAACUUUAGGAAGAUGUAUCUUCUUAUGGUUAUAUUUUUGAACAAAAAUUGUUUUAUUUAUGCAUUAUAAUACAUGUAACACUAAAUAAAAUUUGAUAUGUUCAACUUACGGCAUUUUUUAGUUUAUAUUUUAUACAUAUUAAGUAAACUUAACAAAAGGUUAUUUCUAACAAAAUAAAAGUGAUACACAGAUUUAUAUACGUGUAUGUGAUGCAUUGAAUAUUGAUGAACAAACAUGUAUGUAUGUUAAAAUUCUGUACUGUUUUAGUCUUUCUAACUGUUAUCAUCAGUGCUCUCGCUAAAAAUUAAGUCUUUUUUUAUGAAACCGUAUCGGUAUCUAUCAAAUCUGUCGAGCAAAUGGUCACAAUUAUGAAGUAUAGAGCAAAUGUAUGCUAAAAUACCGCCACUGAAUGUUGUGAAAUACUUGAUAUACAUGUAGUUAUGCAACAAUUCAAUUUUUUUAUUUUUUGUUUUUAUUUAUAAAAUCAU